CCUGCCUAAAAUUGUUAGCUUCUUCCGAAAGACAUUGUGCCACUAAUCUCAAACAUGGCAUCAACGACUGUAAUCGUUCAGCAGCCAGGAGCUGUGGGAGGAGGUAGUGGGCAGUGGAGCUCAGGAUUAUGCAACAUUUGUGAUGAUAUGCCCGUCUGCUGUUGUGGUCUCCUCUGCCCACUUUUAAUGGAUUGCUAUGUGGCCAAUAGUUAUGGCGAGAAUUGCUGUUUGGGUUGUGUGCCUGGAAGUAUGAUUGCAGUGAGAACUCAUAUGCGUCUUUCAUAUGGUAUCCAGGGAACCAUCUGUAAUGAUGCGAUGAUGAUUUGCUGCUGUGGCACAUUGGAACUUUGUCGAAUGGCUCGUGAGAUGCGUAGACACAAUCGUUAACACUGCGAAGACUGAAAAAAGAUUAAAGAAAUACUUCUUCACGUUAAGCCUGAUAGGUACCCUGAUACAGCAGCCCUGAAUACUUUUUUGCCUCAAAGAAUGCAAAGCUUUCAUAAUGCAAGCUUUAUCUGAAUGAUUUAACCAAUUCCUGCUUGUGCAUCACGCUGCGAAUGCAACAGUAAUAAAUUAGAGGUAAUUUAAUUUAAGAGAAAACAAUGUUCAGGGAUGAUUAUACAAUAAAGAGAAUUUGACGUUG